AUUUCUCUUAUUGCGAUUAACUAUUAUUAUGGAGGAAUAUACACGCGAGCCGUGUCCCUUUCGCAUUGUGGAGGAUUGUGGCGGCGCUUUCGCAAUGGGAUUUGUGGGCGGCGCCAUCUUCCAGGCCAUCAAGGGAUUUCGAAAUGCACCGUGUGGCAUGCAACGUCGCCUGGCUGGUGGAGUGGCCGCAAUGCGUGCACGUUCCGCUUUGGUCGGUGGCAGCUUCGCCAUUUGGGGCGGCACCUUCAGUGCCAUCGAUUGCACAUUGGUCUAUAGUCGCGGCAAGGAGGAUCCAUGGAAUUCUAUAAUCAGCGGUGCGGCAACUGGCGGCGUUCUUGCCGCACGUGGUGGUGUCACCGCCAUGUUGAGCAGCGCUUUGGUUGGCGGCGUGCUUCUGGCUCUCAUCGAGGCCGCGGGCAUUGCCGUCUCGCAUUAUACGGCCGAUAACUAUCGCCAGAUAUCCGUUGUGGAACGCAUGCAGCUUUAUAAUGAGCGUCAGCGUCAACAACAACAGCAGCAGCAGAAGAUCGCCAGCUUCUAUACGGAGCCAAAUGAGGGUAACUCGUUGCCGGCUUAGAAACUUGUCGCGUCAUCGAUUGAUAACAAACGUCGAAUACAAAUGUUGAAAAUCACGUAUUAUAUUCUUUUAAAUGUAUUUUAUUUACUCGAAUUUUUAUACAUUUUUUUUUUUUUUGGUAUGCUGAUGCCUCGAAAUUGAAUAGAGACACACUAUCACUGGCAUUUUGAGUUUCAUUAAUAUUCAUUUGCCGUGCACUU